AUGGCUGAGGCGGCUGAGAAAAAAGGCGUGAAAGUCGGUGUCUACACUGGGCAAUACUCUUGGCCAGACAUUGUGGGCUCCUGGUCUGGGAUGGCAAAGUACCCGCUCUGGUGGCCCAACUACAACAAUGAUGCCGGGUUUGGGAAAUUCCACGAAUACGGUGGCUGGAAGAAGCCGGAAAUACAUCAAUAUCAAGGAGAUCUGACCAAGCGCCCGUGCGGACUUGGCGAUAUGGAUCUGGAUUAUAAAGCU